UACCCUGCCCAUCGGUACAGUUUAUUCCAAACAGGGGCGGAAAAGCCUCCAGUGAAUGUUGCAGGUUAGAGAUAUCAGUAAGAACAAUGGUCAAGGAUAAGGCAGGGAUCCAGGAUUUGUGCGAAGCAGCAACUUUAUCAUAAUUGCUGUUAAUAAUUACAGUGGUGAUAAGUGGCAGAGGUGGCAUUUAUUGAUGGAAAAGUCAUCUGGGGUCUCAGUAUAUCUACCGGAGCUGGAGGAGGAGGAAGCAGAAGACACAGAGGGAAGUUUGGAUUUAAGACAGAUCAGGACAUAAGCAGAGCCACAUAGAGGAGGCAGCGGCCCUCACAGAGCAGCGGAGAGAUGAUGACAACAGGAGCGAGGCGGUACGUGGUCGCCAGGCCGCUCUACUCUGAGGAGUCAUUCAGUGAGGAGCACGAAAAGAUCUACAGGCAACGCAAGACCCUGCUGGACCAUAUCAAACAGUACUUCACAUGUGAUGCCAAACGAGCAAAGAACGCCGCUCUCUCUAUUCUACCCAUCAUCGGAUGGAUGAAAAUCUACAGAUUCAAAGAGUGGCUGUUCAGUGACAUUGUCUCAGGUGUCAGCACAGGACUGGUUGCUGUACUGCAAGGUCUGGCCUACUGCCUGCUGGCCUCUCUGCCCCCCUGGUAUGGACUCUUUUCCGCCUUCUUCCCCGUCAUCAUUUACUUUUUCCUGGGGACGUCCAGACACAUCUCAGUGGGCCCGUUCCCGGUUUUGUGUCUGAUGAUUGGCUCAGUGGUCACCAGGUUGGUCCCAGAUGACGGUAUGCCUGCUAACAUCACCGGGUUUGAAGGUCUGACCAGAGAUGACCAGAGGGUGCUGGUGGCUUCAUCUAUCACAUUCCUCACUGGUGUCAUGCAGCUGGCCAUGGGUGUCCUCCAAGUGGGCUUUGUUGUCAUGUACCUGUCCGACACGCUGGUUUCUGGCUUCACCACGGCGGCCGCCAUCCACAUCCUGGUGUCCCAGCUUAAAUUUGUGUUUGGUCUGCAGGUCCCGGGCAUCAGUGGACCGCUCUCCCUCAUCUAUACUUUGGAGAGCAUCUUUAGAGGGAUCACCUCCACAAACGUGUGUGACGUGGUGAUCUCUUUGGUCAUCAUGGUAGUGGUGUUCAUCGUUAAAGAGCUGAAUGACAGAUAUAAAUCAAAGCUGCCGGUGCCAAUCCCCAUAGAAGUCAUCAUGACUGUCGUUGUUUGUGGAGUUUCUUAUGCAUUCGACUUCAAGAACCGAUUUGGCAUUGAUGUUGUUGGACAUAUUCCUAAAGGGUACGAGCCUCCAGUGGCCCCAAACCUGUACAUUUUUCAAGAAACAGCAGUUGAAGCUUUUCCCAUGGCUAUAGUUGGUUUUGCUGUUGCCUUCUCUGUGGCUAAAGUCUAUUCAGUAAAACAUGAUUACACCAUAGAUGGGAACCAGGAGCUGAUAGCUUUUGGAGUCAGCAACAUUUUCGGAGCCUCAUUCAGAUCGUUUGCAGCAAGUACGGCCCUGUCUAGGAGUGCUGUUCAGGAGAGUACAGGGGGAAAGACUCAGGUAGCCGGUCUGUUGUCAGCCAUCAUUGUGAUGAUUGUCACAUUGGCCAUCGGAUUUUUACUGGAGCCGCUCCCAAAGUCAGUGCUUGGUGCUGUGAUCAUCGUCAACCUGAAGGGGAUGUUGUGGCAGUUUAAGGAAGUCCCGUACCUGUGGAGGAGAGACAAACCAGACUGUGUGGUGUGGUUAGGUACGUGUAUUGCAUCAAUCUUACUGGGGCUAGAUCUCGGUUUGGCUGUAGGCCUCGGUGUGGAGCUGAUCAGUGUCGUCCUCAGGGCUCAGUUCCCGCGGUGCAGUGUGCUUGUCAACAUCAAGGGAACCGACAUCUACAAAGACAGAAAAGACUACAUUAAUAUUUAUGAGCCUGAGGGAGUGAUAAUCUUCAGGAUACCAUCACCCAUCUUCUUUGCAAACAUCGAGUUCUUCAAGAGCAAAUUAAUUGAAGCUGUUGGAUUUAACCCUUUGAGAGUGUUAAGGAAAAGAAACAAAGCACUGAGGAAGAUCCGUAAACUCCUACAGAAGGGAGACCUUCAGUGGACGACGAAAGGCUUCUUGAACACGUCGUGUGGACACAUCCAGGAGUCAGAGGAGGAUGAGAGUAACAUGGAAGAGCUCGACCUGCCCACCAACUUUAAAGACCUUCCUGCACGGGUCGACUGGAACGCUGAGCUUCCUGCAAACAUUGUUGUCCCAAGAAUUGACCUCCACAGUCUGAUUCUGGACUUCUCUGCUGUGUCUUUCCUGGACAUCUCUGCUCUGAAGGGACUCAAAACGGCACUGAAAGAGCUCAUCAGGAUAGAAGUUGAGGUCUACAUCGUGGCUUGUGAUACUUACAUCCUGGAGAAACUGCACAGCUGUUGCUUCUUUGAUGAUGAAGUUCAGCCCUCAAUGUUUUUCCUGACGAUUCAUGAUGCCAUGCUACAUAUCUUGGAGAAACACCCAGAGUCAACAGAGAAAAAAUCUAACUUUGGCAAGAUAAUAACAACAGUCACAGUCCACCACACUGGCGGCGGUUUGAGGAGCAGAGAUAAAAAUACUUUGGAUCCAGAAACAAAGUUCUGAUGUUGGUUUUCAUAAGAAGAUUUUUCAGGAAGAAAA